AUGGCAACGCCAAUUAAGGUAACGGAGUUCAGUAAUAAGCCAGGAAUAUUCUACGAACGGUUGGGAACCACGAGAAUGGUAGUGUCAGAAUGGACGAUGAUAGUAUACUACGACUUGGAUCCCUACUGGAAUGAUAUGAAGGUACUUUCAGGUGGAGUAACGGAACUCGCACACAAAUGCCAGGAAUUGACCAACGUAGCAGCAUGCAGUUCCAUCCUAGAACAUUUUAAACAUAUAAUUGCAGAACUUGAGGCAGGAAAUAACCUGAUGCAUCACUCUCGGCAACGUAGAUCACCGUUUAAUGUUGUUGGAACUAUGGCCAAUUCAUUAUUCGGUGUACUCGAUUCCACAUACGCAGAAGAGAUGGUCAAAACUAUCACUAAGGUGAAGGGUAAUGAGAACUUCCUCCUACAGCUGCUUCAGAACCAGACGUCCAUUGUUGACUCCACCAUCAAUUUGGUGCGAAAGGGAAGGUUGGCUACCAACAACCGCUUACGAUCUUUGGAACAGCAGAUGACCCUCAUAAAUAAGCAACGAGGACAGUACCAAGGCGCACAUUUAGAGCAAGCGUUUAUGAUCCUCACGACACAAUUGAAUCUACUUGCAAAUGGUUUACAGCGAAUGCAGAGUGAGAUAACUAAUGUAUUGACUGAUGCUCGCCACAAAACAAUCAGUCCAAUUUUAAUAUCACCUACACAGUUACGAGACCAGCUCGACCAAAUGCGGGAUCAUUUACCACCCGACCAGAUCUUGCCAGUAGCCACAACGGAUGUUGUUCAGCUAUACAAAAUAAUGUAUGCGCAAGGCAGUACGUCUGAUACUCACGCCAUUUUUCGAAUCACAAUACCAUUGGUGUCGUCAGAAUUAUUGGAUGUCUUCAGCAUCGUGCCCAUUCCAAUAUGGGAAUCGAAAGGUUGGACGCUGUACAAUCUUCAGACACCGAUCAUAGCUGUCAAUGCCCAUAGAGAUCGCUUUAUUGGGUUUAGUGAAGACGAAUUCAAAAGAUGCACUUCUAUAAAAAUUGAGCAGCAUAUUUGUUUCAAUCACUUAACGGCAUACAAUGUUGACAGUCGAUGCGAAUUCCAGUUAUUUAAUAACAAGACUGGAACAGAAUGUCACAGAAAUCCUGUGCACUCUAGCAUGGUGUGGUUAAAAACUCACCAAUCUAACCAAUGGAUCUUCGCGACCAAGGACUCCAUGGAACUUCAGGCAGUAUGCAGUGGAGUUUCAUCAACAGUCAACAUAAAGGCGACUGGUAUACUGAAAUUGCCCAUUGGUUGCACAGCACGCAAUUUCAAUAUAAGUUUGACCACAUUCGGCACUAUGACCACUGAAGUACAAACUUCGUUCAGUCGAUUCGGAAAUAUCUCCGAGCCCCUAAAGCCCAUAGAGGAACCAUCAGAAUUCGGGUUAAGGGCCCAAUCACCAAGUAUAGACGACACAGAAUUACAGAUCCUACAACAUCGGUUAGCCGAUCUACAAAGAAAAGAUGCACCGUACCAACUGGACCACCAGACAACUAUGUCAUACACAGCAUUUGCCAUUUCCGUCAUCAUACUGAUACCGAUAGGCAUUAUCAUCAUGCGACACAGACGGUCGAUUUGGACGCCAAAGCUUAGAGGGACUACAAGAAGUUCAAUUCCCGAACCUACCCCAAGACAAUUUACUAUAGAGCUGGACGACGGUUGA